AUGUCUUCGCAUCUCUUUUCUUACUCACACAGCUCGUUAGCCAUUCCGGCUCGUCUUCAAGACGCUUGCGGCCGUUUCCUCCCCGGCGCACUCGCUGUUCAGUCCUCAUCUUCUGAGAGCGACACCGACUCGGUCCCCUCUUCUCCCUCCGUUCAGUCAACGGACGACAAAACAAGUCUUGUAACCGCCCUCCUGAGCAUCUCCCUUUCAUCUCCUACACCAUCAUCCCCUUCUUCCCUUUCAUCAUUGAGCUCUAGCAUGUCUGGAUCGAACUCUGGGGAAGGUGUUCCGUCCUCUUCAGGCAUAGGCCUAGGGGGGAUCAUACUCACCAACAAGCAGUUUGAGAUUUUGCUCAAUUGCGGUCUGAUUGGCUCACCUUGUGUUGAGGUUCCAACGCCCCCUCCACCCCCGCCUGUGGCUCCUGUUGCUGCGUCGAUGCAAAUCCCGACUUUCAUCAGCAAUGCGGCGUCGAGCUCUGCUACCAGUGAGUCUCUUCUUGAUCUUUUCCCCAAUGUUCCUCGUGCCACCAUCCUGGAAAUCAUCCAGUUCACGUUCCACCCUCUCAACUUGAACAAAUUGGACUUGUCUGCACACGAGAAGGUCCACGAUGUGCGGUCUUCCAUUGUACUUGAAAACGACAACAUCACCGUUAAAGAGACAAGGAAUUGUCUACGCGUGUAA